UUCACCUCGAAAUGACCCCUGGCUGUUGUGAAGAGCUUAAUUUGGCAGACCUGUCCAUACUUUUUCAUGGGUUGAAGGAGACCAUCCUUGAUCUCAUCCUGGCGCUCUAGCGGUAGGUGAGUCAAGUUGACCUUGGUCAGACUCUUUUCUGAGUUUUUUAUCGAAGGCGUGGCCUGAUAGUUGAUUCCUUCAUGAGUCAAUCCUUUUUCACACGCUUUUUUGGCAUCCGCGCUGUUCUUAAAUUUGGCUUCGAUCAGCCAAUUUCCUCUUCCGUUACCUCUGUACUCAUUGAUUGGGCGGAAGCCUGUAGCUUCGCCAAUCUCAUUUGUGAUCAAGUCGUAGACAUCAUCUUUGCUGAGGUUUGCGGCCUCGAUUUCAAACAGCACUGUAUUCGGGUGCAGGGCUCUCUUAAUAAUGGCAGCCGCUAGGUGGGCUCGACGUUCGUUUUCGAAGCCUUCUGCUUCGUACACUAUCUUGGUGAUAGUUUUGACAUUCGAUUUUUCUUACGUUGGCGAGUCAAAAUCGAUGGGAUUGUCAUCUCGCUACCCUUCUGACGAAAUCGGACCACGACUGAGUCGCUCUCCCAUCAGCAUUU